UAUCGACACAGUUCGUUAACACAUCGGACAAUCGUCGCCGUGAAUUUUUCUAAAGUAACUCGAUCGAUUAAGACAAGGCAAGCCGAAGAUGCGCUCCCAAACAAUCGCUUUGCUCGUGUUCGGAAUAAUGGCUGUGGCUUUGGCAUCGCCAGUACCGGGUCAUCAUCAACAUGUCGUUAUCCACGUGCCCUACAAGGUGCACACAAUUCAUCACACCCACGUAAAGAAGGUACAUAUACCAGUGCAUCACGUUGAAAAGGUACCUGUUCCGUAUCCGGUGCACCACGUCGAGAAAGUGGCCGUUCCAGUACCGGUGCAUCAUGUCGAAAAGGUGCCCGUACCUGUCCCGGUUGUACAUAAGGUUCCCGUACCCGUCCAUAUACCAAUCCAUGAAGAGAAACAUGACUGGUACUAAAAAGAGCGCUUUAUCUUCGGCUUUAAUCGUUUUAGAUUACAAGAUAGAAUAAUCAAGAGUUAAUAAGAUUUAAUCGCUGCGGAUAAGUUGGUUGCGGAUGUGUUGAUAAGAAGCUUUCUUGUCGAAUUCAAAGAAAAGGACAAAACACCAAGCAGUACAAAAUUAUUCGAGCCUGUCUAUGCAGCAUUUGAGCAUUUAGCAUAAGAAUAAUAAAUACUUUGUAUGCACGCGUGUGUAGUCAAAACAAAAAUACUUGUAUAUAUUUUAUCACAUUGCAA